AUGGCAUCUUUUGUGACUGCUACACGCAUAUCAGCCCGGCUUGUAAGCCGACGGGUCGCUCAAGAUGCCACAACUCGAGGCUUCCGCACGUCAGCGGCCUCGUUCGCCGCCCAAAACUUCACCAUGCCCGCCCUCUCACCGACAAUGACCGAAGGAAAUAUCGCGAGUUGGAAGAUCAAGGAGGGCGAUUCAUUUUCCGCCGGCGAUGUUCUGCUCGAGAUCGAAACGGACAAGGCGACCAUGGAUGUUGAAGCGCAAGAUGACGGGGUCCUUAUGAAGAUCAUGCAAGGGGACGGUAGUAAGAAUGUCCAAGUUGGCGUGCGAAUUGGUGUUGUUGCCGAGUCCGGAGACGACAUUAGCCAAUUGGAAAUUCCCGCCAAUGAACAACCCGCACAGAAGGAGGCUAAGAAGGAGGAAUCGGCGUCGCAACAAGAAAGCCAAAGCGCCGCACCCGAGAAGAAGGCCAGCGGACCCAAGAGAACUGGAGGAAAGGCCCCUCCGCAAAAAUACCCCCUCUACCCAUCAGUGGAGCACCUAAUCAAGGAGCACAAGCUUGAUGAGUCUGCGAUUAGCGAGAUGACGCCCACUGGCCCUAACGGACGGUUACUUAAGGGCGAUGUUCUCGCAUAUCUCGGCACCGUAUCGCCGAACAGGCCAGAAGAGAUUAAGGCACGAUUCGACCACAUUUCCCACCUCGACCUCUCCAAUAUCAAGAUCGCCGCUCCGAAAGAGGCACCAAAGAAGGCAGAAAAGGCACCGACAGUCCCCAUUCCAGAGGAUCUAGUAGUCUCGUUACCUAUUUCUUUGGCGACAGUGAUCGAAGUACAGAAGAAGGUCGAGGAUACACUUGACACUUUCAUACCCCUGUCAACUUUCGUCGCAAGAGCCACCGAAUUAGCUAAUGACGAAUUACCCUUACCAUCGAACUACAACCCUACUGCCGACGAGCUAUUUAAUCAAGUCCUAGGACUAGAUAAGGCCGGUCCGACGGGAUCGCGCGGCUAUUACCUUCCUCAAAUCGCUGCCGUUCCCUCGCCCUCAUUCACCGGUGUUGCCCCUAAGCCUAAGACCAAGGUCGACAUCAUUGAUUUCCUAGCGGGUUCAACUAAGAAAUCAGCACCACGAGUUCAAAGACCCGGCCCUCACUCCGGAAUCUCUACCGGUUCCAACAUAUUCAGCCUCACUGUACCAAAAUCUGAGGAAAAGAGAGCCAAGGCAUUCCUACAAAGAGUCAAGACAGUACUGGAGUCCGAGCCGGGUAGACUUGUUUUAUGA